AUGCCUAAUUAUGUGAAGUUUUUGAAGGAUAUUUUAGCAAAGAAGAGGAGGCUUGGUGAAUUUGAAAUGGUUUCUUUGACUGAAGGUUGUAGUGCUAUAUUGAAGAAUAAAAUUCCUCCAAAGUUGAAGGAUUCAGGUAGUUUCACAAUUCCAAUUUCUAUUGGGGGACGAGAAAUUGGUAAAGCUCUUUGUGAUUUGGGAGCUAGUAUUAAUUUGAUGCACGUGUCCAUUUUUGAGAAGUUGGGAAUUGGAGAAGCAAGUCCAACUACACUCACCUUGCAAUUAGCUGACCGUUCUAUGGUGCAUCCGGAGGAAAAGAUUGAAGAUGUCCUAGUACAAGUUGACAAGUUCAUUUUUCCAGCGGAUUUGAUUAUUCUUGACUAUGAGGAAGAUAGGGAUCUACUGAUCAUUUUGGGGAGACCAUUUCUUGCCACCGGGAGGACGUUGAUAGAUGUUGAAAAAGGAGAGCUCACCAUUCGAGCUCAAGACGAACAAGUCACAUUCAAGGUUUUUAAUCCUAUAGGCUCUCCUAAAGAAGUUGAAGCUUGUUUGGCCAUAAGUGCUUCUAACUUCAAGUUGAUUGAAAAGAUGCAUGGAAGGUAUAGCAAUGGAGUCAAGAAAAAGGUCCCUUUUGAAGAAAUUGAGAAAGGUGGGGAGCCAUGGAUAAGUAAGGAAGAAGAACCAUCUCAUCCUCCAAAGCUACUGAAGAAAAAGAAGAAGAAAAAGAAACAUAGUAGAAAGCCUUAA